UUCUAUAGACCAUUCAUUCUCUGCAAGAUUUCAACCAAGGAACUUCUUCACUUGCUUCUAUAGACCAUUCAUUCUCUGCAAGAUUUCAACCAAGGGACUUCUUCACUUGCUUCUAUAGACCAUUCAUUCUCUGCAAGAUUUCAACCAAGGGACUUCUUCACUUGCUUCUAUCCACCAUUCAUUCUCUGCAAGACUUCAACCAAGGAACUUCUUCACUUGCUUCUAUCCACCAUUAAUUCUCUGCAAGAUUUCAACCAAGGGACUUCUUCACUUGCUUCUAUCCACCAUUAAUUCUCUGCAAGAUUUCAACCAAGGAACUUCUUCACUUGCUUCUAUCCACCAUUCAUUCUCUGCAAGAUUUCAACCAAGGAACUUCUUCACUUGCUUCUAUCCACCAUUGAUUCUCUGCAAGACUUCAACCAAGGAACUUCUUCACUUGCUUCUAUCCACCAUUCAUUCUCUGCAGGAUUUCAACCAAGGAACUUCUUCACUUGCUUCUAUCCACCAUUCAUUCUCUGCAAGAUUUAAAUCAAGGAACUUAUUCCCUUGCUUCUUUUCUUCUACCUUUUGUAUUGUCCCCUUAAGAAACUUGGCUGUCAUUCUUGUAUUCUUUUUAUUGCUUCUCUGUCUUCUGUAUUUGUACCUCAACUUUUCAGUUGUAAUCAUCUCACAUUCAGAUUUUUAGGAGGAUGGAUGACCAGCAGAACAUCACUUUCAUGUGGCCAAGUCAUCUUCCUCCGGACAACUCCAUGAUGAGAUACCUCAACAGCACAGAGGAGUACUUGGCUUACUUGUGUGGUCCAAAGCGCAGUCGCCUAUCUCUACCAAUGACUCUAGUCUAUGCAACUAUAUUUCUUAUUGGAGUCAUCGGAAACACACUCGUAUGCUUGGUCAUCCUAAAGCAUCACAAUAUGAGGACCCCUACCAACUAUUACCUGUUCAGCCUGGCAGUGUCUGACCUCCUGGUUCUGCUCCUUGGGAUGCCUCUUGAAGUGUAUGAAAUGUGGAGCAACUACCCUUUCCUCUUUGGCGCCUGGGGUUGCUAUUUUAAAACAGUCCUUUUUGAAACAGUCUGCUUUGCCUCCAUCCUAAGUGUCACCACUGUUAGUGUCGAGCGGUAUGUGGCCAUCAUCCACCCAUUCCAAGCCAAGCUGAAAAGCACUCGAAGCAGGGCUCUCAAAAUCCUGGUCACUCUCUGGAUCUUCUCUAUUCUUUUCUCCAUCCCAAACACAAGCACACACGGUAUCCUAUUGCAGUACUUUCCCAAUGGGAGCCUUAUCCCGGAUUCAGCCACGUGCACCGUGGUUCAACCUCUGUGGAUUUAUAACUGCAUUAUCCAAGUGACCUCGCUGCUGUUCUAUAUUCUUCCAAUGGGGGUUAUAAGUGUCCUCUAUUGUCUGAUGGGAAUAAAACUCAGGGGGGAUCAUUCCCUGGAAGCAGAUAAGAUGUCUGUGAAUGUCCAGAGACCAUCUCGGAAAUCCAUCACUAAGAUGCUGUUUGUCUUGGUGAUGGUAUUUGGUAUCUGCUGGGCUCCAUUCCACGUGGACAGACUUUUCUUCAGCUUUGUGCUGGACUGGACUGAGCCUUUAGCCAACGCCUUCAACCUAACCCACGUGGUGUCAGGCGUCUUCUUCUACCUCAGCUCAGCUGUCAAUCCCUUGAUCUACAAUCUCCUAUCCAGACGCUUCCGCUCUGCAUUCCAGAAUGUCCUGCCCCCUUUCUUUAAGAGCUUGAAACCCAAGAUUCCUGUCCAGUCAUUGGCCCCCCCGAAGAGCACCCUCAUCUUGACUGUUCGGAAUCGCAUGGACUCAGGAGAAGAAGGGAGUCCAAGUUUCCCCCACCGCACCUCUGUCUGCAGUUCCCACCUGUCUACCGUCCUCUGACAGAGCAUUAUUCCUCCAACAGACAAAGAGUACAAAGUUAAGAACUGCUUACUUUUAUUUGGAAUAUCCUGAAAUUUUUGAAGAGAAAAGUUGGUUUUCUAUGCCCAGUCCGGCCGAUCUUCUAGAUCUGCUUGAUGGUCUUGGCCAUGUUUUCCAAAUUCUUCCUAAUGCAACUAGAGAAUACGUGCAGAUCUAUAAGACUGUAAUAAUGAAACGUAUUAUUGGUAUUAUAUUAAUUACUAUGUUUUGCUUUAUGGUGCAAUCAUGGUCAAACAUCUUAGUUAAGUAUAUUACAAUCCUUUGUUAUAAGGCAAGAGGAGUAGCACACCCACCCCAGCUCUUGAUGUUCCUAAAGUAUUAUUAAGUUACAGGAAAUAAUCUGUUAUGACAGAUGUACAGGUAUGGGACCCAUUAGAUUUUAUCCGACCGAAAUUUUCUAACCUGUCCAAUCGACUAACUGGUCAAUAACCAUGGCACAAAAAUGAUGGGGAGCUUAAUUGGGAGCCCACACACGGUUGGGUUUCUAGUGGGUUUUUCCUUGUGGGUUGGUCAUUCAGAAAUUGAUAGCUGGUCAGGUAAUGAAUAGGAAAGGAGGGUGAAUACAGGGGAAUUAGAUGGAGGAAUCUGCAAUGAGAUUCUCAGGGCAAGUUGGGGAGAGAAACCAGACUGCCCUUGUAUGGGGACCAAUCAGUGCAAUCACCAAGCAGUUGGGUGCUUUCCUACGUACACUGCUAUAUGUUGCUUAUGUUCAUUUGUGCAACUGAUGAUUUAUUUGUUUUGAUAUGUUAUUGAAUUAUGCUCCAGCCUUUUCAUCUCAAAAAAUAAUCUGCUUUUGUAUAGUCAGGAAUU